AUGCAAAACAUUGAAGAGUCUGAAAAUCAUGUUGAGAACAACCGGGCCGCAAAAGGAUCCUACUUCUUCCCAGAUGUUAAGCCACCCGCAACGCCCGUUUCAAAUGUUUCGAGUGGUCUCAUCGCAAAGGAAUCUGCUGCUGGAAUAACCUACGACGAUAAGUUCGCUCAAUUGAUUGGAGAAGAAAUCGAUGUUGGAGGACAAUUCUACCAACUUCUUGUCGCAAAUCAACCGAUUGAUCAUGCUGUGAAGGACUAUGUUGAUGCUCUUGAAGCUAAGCUAAAGGUCUCGAAGAAACCAGAAGAUGUCAUUCGUCUUAUCGACUACUUUUUGAUUGCCGGCAAUAUCGAAGAAGCGUUGCGUAUCUGCAAAGAUUUUGGUGUCCAACACGAUAUAAUUGGCGAAGAUGCACAUGGCAUCUUGAGUUCAAUGGAGUUCAGGGAGGGGUUCGUUCAAUAUUUGAGUCGCUGGGCCGCUUUGGCUCUUUCACCAAUCUCGAGAUCGAUUGCGCGAUCCUGCAUCUAUCAUCUCGUUUUGGAAGACGCUUUUCAAAUUCAACUGAAAGAACACGCUGAUCUGAUUGAUGCAAAAGAUGCACUGAUUUUGGCUUCUUCCAUCCUUGGCAACAAGCACCCAGUGACUAAUCUCCUGCAUAAGAAAUUGAUGGCUGAAAUUGCUUCAACCCCAACCCAAGCAUCGGUUCAAUCAACUGUUGGCCAAAUCGACCUCGAAGCAACUGCAGCUUCACGCACGGAUCUGGUUGAUUCUUACCGCGCAGUGGUUUGUCUCCUUGCCAAGCCCGUGGAUUUGCGCUUUAACGCCGUUGAAUCGCUCGUCUUGCGCCAAAAAUAUCUUGAAGCAAUCGUCGCAGGAAAAUGGAAGAUUGUUGACGGUAUCGGUGCUGACAUUGCUAAGGAGCGUUGUGGUUCCACGGACUACCUCAAUGACACGCUGAUCUUGCUUUCAACUGUCGGGGAACUUGUUGCUGCUGUUCUUGACGUGGCAGAGUCGUCUGAUCAAAAAAGCCCAAUCAGGAAACUCGUCGAAAGAGGCGCCAGCCUCAAAGAUGUUUUCAAAAACGGCGAUCUUGCAACGACGAUCUUUGCCAAGAACCAUGCUGAAUAUAAUGAGGAGGCUGAUCAAAUUGCCGGAUCUGUUGACGUUAUUUUGCGAGCGCUUCGCUCGACCAGCCGGAAACUGCAGUUAUCCGAGGAGGAAAGCAAACGCUUGAACAUGUCACUGAAUUUGUGCAGCAGUCUAUUCAAAAUUCUGAUUGAUUUAGAGGAUCGCGUUGAAGCUGUGAAACCCUCGUUUCCAGCUGUCCCGCCUAUUCUCGACUUCUUCAAAAAAGAUCUGGGACAACAAUUCCGCAACUUUGAACAAAAUGCCCGAAUGACUGAUUUGCUUGCAUUAUUCAAUGAGGAAAACGGCAUGCCAGAAAAGAAGAAUGUCGCUAAUGAGGUUCAAAAUUCUAUCAAACAAGACGUUAUUCCAUCGGUCCCAGCUAAAAAAGUUGAAGUCUUGCCUGCAGCGCCGCCAGUCAUUGAGGCUCCACAAAGCAUCACAAAAGCGGUUGUGUCUGACGUGCCUUCCGUUAAGGUUGGAACGGUCAAGAAAGACACCACCGAAAUGGUAGCUAAUGUGGCUGACGGUGAUAAGAAAGUCGAUGAGAAAAAGAACGAGCCUUCACUUGUAACAGAAGAAAUUCUUACUUCCAAGCAUGUUACCGAAGCCCCACGACAAAAGAUUACGGCGCCACCAGUUGAUGUAAACCCAUUUGGUCCUGCCCCGGGUUACGAUUUUGCAACUGCGACUCCAAUCCAGACAGGUUUUGGUGAAACGACAAUCAACCAAGUUCCAGUUCAGAACCGUGAGCCACCUGCCGCAAUCAAAAAGAAGCCAAGCCCCGUUCCACUUGAACUUUCUGCUCCACCUCCACUUCAGCCAACAAAUGUGGUGCCAGCUGCCAUACAAACUCCAGCAACGCCUCUAACCCAAAUGGCGCCUCCUACUCCAAAGAUUCUUGAAACCAACGAUUUCGAAGACAUGGACGCGAGCUUCAAGGGAAACUUUGGCUCGAAGCAAGCCUCCUAUGGCAACAUGAAUGACGGUGGUGAUGGACGGUUCGGCAACCGAGGAGGAAUGGGUCGAGGUCGAGGAGGAUAUCGAGGCUCUAUUGGUGGCGGUUUCUCGGGCAGUCGCGGCUUCCAA